CUCUCCCCCUCUCCCCGCAGUGAGGCAGUACUGUACUGUUCUGUACUGUUGUGUCUCAGUGUUUCUGCUGGUGUCGGUAGUGAAAGUGUCGCUGCGGAUUCUGCGAUAAGACCGGGAGAGAAACUGCAGCUGGAGCUACCGAGUCACGGAGUGAAGUUGAAGCUCAGCACCAAGUAGUAAGACUCUGAGCUCCAGGGCUUCCUCAUUGGACUCACAGAUCGGAGGGAGAGAGAAAGAGAAGAAAGAAAAGAGAAAGAAAAAAGCACAUUUGCUAAACACAUCAAGACAGAAGCCUCAGCAGGACCUCUGUGUUUUCUGUUGAGGAGAAAUGGUCUGGAGCGCAGUUUGUCGGCCUAUCAUUAGGCCACAGGGCCUCAUGCUGAGGAAUGGAUAGCCUCGCCGCUAGUGCUGCAAUUACUACCUUAAGGAUGGGACACAGCUAAUGGAAAUAAUUUACUCUUUGUCCAGAACAUCAGCAGAAGCAGCAGUAUUUGGUGUAACCACUUUAUUACUGCUAGUCUCAGCAGAAAUAGUGUCUGUUAGCCGCUGUUUUGGGUCUGUGGAUCGGGACCGAUUCCUUUUUCUUGUUAAUUUAUUGAUUUGUAUAGAAGAUGGCGGCAACCUAUCGGAUUGUGGUGAGCAGUAUAAAUUAUUAUAACAGCGUCGUAGUCGACCGACGCAUACAGCAGACUGUGCAUUACUGUAACGGACCAUGUGGAGCAGUAAAACAUGGCCUUAGCUGCACAGUGGCUCAUCGUAGUACAUGUGCUGAACUUCUUGAUUCCUCCCAAAUCUACACCGAUCGGUCAAUCAGCUUCCACGAAUCUGCAUCUAAAAUGCUUGAAAACGGUGUAUGCGGUCAUGUUGCAUUUGGUGAGGAUUUCCAUUAUCAGGUUCUUCCACGAGUGAAGAAAGGAUCUGCUAUCCAAAGCUCGACGAGUCUGAAGGAUAUCACUGGCGAGGCGAUCAACUUGGCCAGUGGGAAGAUAAAGGAGUUCUCCUUCGAGAAGGUGAAGUACUCCUCUAGUCAUGUGACAUUCAGGAAAGGUAGAAAGGUAAGGCCCGACUCGUAUAGCCGAAGGUCUGCCGACCUUGAUGUCAUCUAUGGACACUUUGGCAACGAUGAAAACUGUCCUCCUCAGAAAUCAACACAGGAUGAGCAGAAGUUGAACAGAAGCAUCUCCCUGGAGCAGAACCUGAACAAUGCGGCCUCAUUUUAUCUAAACAACCUCACAGAGGAGAACCUCAUCGCCCGGAUUCUGGAGAAGACCAAAACUGAUAGCAAUGCUUCUGGUGAAGAUAUCAAAGCUUGUUUAGACAUCCUGCUCAAGUGCUCAGAGGAUCUGAAGAAGUGCACAGACAUUAUAAAGCAGUGCAUAAAGAGGAAGUCCAUGAGUGGAGAUGGUGAGGAUUCUGGAAAUCCAGAUGCUAUUUACAAAACCAUGAUGGCACGACUCUCUGGCUACUUAAAGAGGCUUCCUUUUGACCUUGACCUUGGGCAUUCAGGAAGACCAGAGCACAACGACCUAUCUGAACUGGUCAACACUCUCCACGGGCUUCAGCAAAGGCCUUUCUCACCUUUUGGUAAUGAACAGCCUCCUCGAUAUGAGGAUGUGGUCCAGAACCCACCAUCAACAAAAGUUCAGUCUAACUCCUUAUCUUGCCCAUCUCCAGAGUCUCUUGAUGGCACCAGGGAUCUUCCUGGAAGUUUAACAUCUGCUCAGGGCCUUGCUGUAUCACUUUCUGCCCAUUCAUCUGCUAAUGAACUUCAGUAUUCCAACCUUCCUUCUUCCACCAGCAGCACCAAACCCUCCUCCCUUCAUUAUCCCAUCUCCACUGGACGCCAUGAUGUCUCCUCCCUCAACAGCAUCUCCAAAGACACCUCAAUGGAGACCCUGUACAUCGAGGAGGACGCUGAUGUAGGGCGAGCAGUGGACAGGAAGCAGGGUUCUAGUGUUUCAGAGUCCAGGCAGCUUUCAUUGAGACAUGACACAAUUUCAGGUCUCAGUGCUGGCAUUUCUGACAAACUUCCUGAUUUCAGUAGAAAUGGAACUGUAUAUCCACCCAAAGCUGAACCAGGAAGUAACCAGUCUUAUACACCAGCACACAGUAAUGAGUCAAAGAUACUCUCAAACUCGGCUCAACACAUCACCAGGGAUGGUGUAGAUGAGAUUGAUAAACUACUAAUGGACUUGGAGUGUCUCUCUCAGAACAUGCAGAAGGAACCUCCACUACCACCAAAGCAGAGACAGAUAAAUGCAUACCAAAAAAAUCUGCACCAGAUCGGCUGCUCAGGGACUAAAGGACUUUGUCCGAAUCCUCCUACCAUCUCGUCCACCAAACCAACAAAUCGCAACAAAGAAGAAGCUGGUGAGGAGGACGAUGGUGCGUUCCUGCUACGGAUUCUGGAGAGCAUCGAGAGCUUUGCUCAGGAGCUGGUGGAUUGUGGAAGCGAAACAGGAACUCAAUCAAAAGAGCGUGAGGUGAUGCGUCUCCUUCAGGGCACACUGGCUAAGACUGAAACCAAUUCAGAAAAUUUUCCUGUACCUACACCUGCAUCUACAUCUGAAACGACACCCGGACUCUCACCCUUAGUUACGGCUACACCUGUAAGUGUAGCUGGACCUUCAGUGACUCCUGCUAAAGUCCUGAGUCCGUUCAUCGCUGGGAGAGACUCAGGAUCCACCAUCCUCAUCCAGCAGACACCAGAAGUCAUCAGGAUUCAGCCGGAGAAGAAACCUGUCUCUCCUCCUCCUCCUCCCAUCCCUCGUUCCCCCUCUCCUCCUCCACCUGCCCCCCCUCCUCCCUCCAUUAACAUUCCACGCUUUUAUUUUCCCACGGGUCUCCCAAACCUCACCGCUAAUAUUGACGAGGCCAUAGUGAAAGUGGAGGCCGCCUUCGCCAAGCUGCAGGAGGAGAAGGCAGACAUCUACAAGAUGAGCAAGAUUGCCAAGGCAUGUGGGUGCCCGCUGUACUGGAAGGCCCCGAUGUUUCACUGUGCAGGAGGAGACAGGACUGGCUUUGUCUCUGUCCAUUCAUUUAUUGCCACAUGGCGAAAAUUGUUACACAGCUGCUAUGACGAUGCGUCCAAGUUUGUUUACUUGCUGGCCAAGCCGGGCUGCACGUACCUGGAACAGGAAGACUUCAUCCCCCUCUUACAGGACGUCGUGGACACUCAUCCGGGUCUGACAUUUUUAAAAGACGCUCCUGAAUUCCAUUCCCGCUACAUCACCACCGUGAUCCAGAGGAUAUUUUACACAGUGAAUCGUUCGUGGACAGGUAGGAUCACCAUGACUGAGCUCAGGAGAAGUAACUUCCUUCAGACACUGGCCCUGUUGGAGGAGGAGGACGAUAUUAAUCAGAUCACAGAUUAUUUCUCUUAUGAACACUUCUAUGUCAUUUAUUGUAAGUUCUGGGAGUUGGACACUGACCAUGAUCUCUUCAUCGACCCCAAAGAUCUCUCACGAUAUAACGACCAUGCUUCAUCCAGCAGGAUCAUCGAGAGACUUUUCUCAGGAGCUGUCACUCGGGGAAACUCUGUGCAGAGAGAAGGACGUAUGAGUUACGCUGAGUUUGUGUGGUUCCUCAUCUCAGAAGAGGAUAAGAAGAACCCAACAAGUAUAGAGUACUGGUUCCGCUCUAUGGAUCUGGAUGGAGAUGGAGUUCUCUCCAUGUAUGAGCUGGAAUUCUUCUAUGAGGAACAGUGUGAGCGCAUGGAGGGGAUGGGAAUAGAACCUCUGCCCUUCCAAGACCUGCUGUGCCAGAUGCUUGACCUUGUCAAACCAGAGAGCCAAGGUAAGAUUACUCUGCGUGAUCUGAAGCGCUGCAGGAUGGCCCACAUCUUCUUCGACACGUUCUUUAACCUGGAUAAAUACCUGGACCACGAGCAGAGAGACCCGUUCUCUGUGCAGAAGGAUGUGGAAAGUGAGGGUCCGGAGCCCUCAGACUGGGAUAAGUACGCAUCAGAAGAGUAUGAGAUCCUGGUAGCAGAGGAGACGGUCAGUGAGCAUCUGCACGACGGCUCUUUUGAGGAUGAUUACGAGUGUGAGGAGCUUCCUGUUACAUCUGAUAUCGGAAACAAAAUGAACAAACUGGUGAUCUCUGAUCUGUCUCCGUGAUCAACUUGAAGCUCGCUCACAGGAAAUACACACUUUUAUACAGUGCAGAAACAGACUGUGUUUGUGUGUGUGUGUGUGUGUGUGUGUGUGAGAGAGAGAGAGAGAGAGAGAGAGAGUGAGAGAUCGUAAACUCCAAACAAAUUGUUCUGUAUGUCUUAACCGUUAUCACCAACAAACUCCACUCGUGAUCUGAAUAAAACAGCCGGCUGGUUCCACUUUAUUUAAUGAAAAUAAAAAUAAUAAAAAGACAUUAUAAGACAUGAGACAGAUGCUGUAGGGCACUUUAUUAGGGUUCUGGCUUGAAGGAAACGCUGUGGGUGUCAAAAUCUCACAUUUGUACAUUUAAAAUCAGAGCACAGCUUAGACUGGAAGAAAAGAAGGAAAAUAAUUGUAAUAAAAAAAUUGAGAUUUCUGUUGUGUAACUUUGUCUAAGCGACACAAAUUCUUCAUAUGUUCACGUUAAUGUUGUAAAUUUGUGCCUUGAACAAAAUGUCCAACACACCAGUGUAGGAAAUUAUAGCUGUGAGAACACUGUUGCUAAGCAACUGGGAAACGCACGCGGCAAGGAUGUGCUAGCUAGCUAAGAAAAGACGGAAUCAUUCAGAAGGUGGACGUUUCUCUGUCAAUCAUUUCAUUUCGUACUCAUCGGCUCUUAGCAAGUCAACUAGCAAAGCUAGUUAAUGAACGUGAACACAUUUCACUCGGUAUUCGAGUGCUAACAGACAGGAUACCACUGUUGCUAAGCAACUGAAAAAUGUGCGCACCGAGCACAAGCGAGCCAGAACGUAGAUGUUUAUAGAUAAAGUAAGGAAUCAGUGACAGUGGAAAGUAGACAGAAGAGUCAGGAACGUUAACAUUUCUCUCAGAUGGGUUGGUAAAUUUAAAAACACAAAAGUUUGGUUUCCCAACAUGGUUAAAGUGGAGAAAGUCAUGAGAGCACCAGUACGUACUGGGAGAGACGGACACCAUGCAAUGGCUAGCUAGUAACAACAAAUAAACUUGCUAAUUUGCAGGCAGUUAUGUCAACUAGUUAUGUCCUAGCUAGCUAGGAAAUAUUAACAUGAAUACAAGAUUCGCAACCUGUGACUAAAGCAAUCUAAAAAACAAAAACAAUCAAAACAAUCCGACGGUGGCUGUGAGAUUUGAUGCCGCAGGGUUAGCAUAAAGCUGGAACAGUUUAUUAGAAUGUGCUUUUGUGUGAGUGAAAUGAUGCACAAUAAAAUAUUGCACAUUAAUACUGAGUGCUGAACCAGUCAUAGUGAUGUAGUCACGGUGCCCUGUGGCCACUUCAGGUAUUGCAUGUUAACAUGAAAUAUGUUGUGGAGACUCGAUGUUUAUUUACUACUUUAUUUCUUCUUCUUUUUUUUUGUAACUUUGACUACAAACUGAAAUUCAAACUUCUCUAAACAUUUCCAUAUUCACAAUUUUACAAACGUGGGAACUAAAACAGGACAAUCUUUAAACAUUUAGUAGAGACUUCUAGAAAGCUUUGCCACAUCGAUCAGUCUGGCUUCAACAUGGUCGCCUUUUAAACAGGGAACUCAUGCAGGGACUUCUCUCCUUCCCCAAGUUACCUGUUAGCAUGCGAGUUAACCGCUAGUGUUUGGUUUAGCUAGCACUUAGUGGUUAGUGGUUGCUAUUUGUAUUUGAUUGCUAACAUUUGGGUUAGCGACUAGCAUUUUGACAUGUAGUGACGUAUGUGCACCAUAGGGGGUGCUGUUCUGCCCUCUACACUACAACCUUGUCCACUUUACUUUUGGUUGACUCAUGACAUCAUCUUAAAUCAUUAAAGUGUGUGUGUGUGUGUGUGUGUUGGAUUAGCACUGCCGCUAACUCUAACUCUGACACACUCUCUAACUGUUCACUGUUUUUAUGUAAUUAGUGUAAUAUAUAAUAUAUAUAAUUUAUAAUAAGUGUUUGUGUGUGUGUGUGUGUGUGUGAGUGCGUGAUUGUGAGUGUGUGUAUCCUGUAGCCGCAGUGUGUUUUCUAACAACCUCUGUAAAUGCCUCUGUAUUUAAUGUUACUGUAUUAUUUUGGCGUUAGUCUCUGCCACUGCGUGGUGGAGGUGGAGUUUUAAACGCUGAAAAACGGACAGAUGUUGAACCGCAGUGUUUCUAUGACGACGUGUGCGAUGAAUUUGGCGUUGGACAACAAUCAUCUUUCCUGGACUUUUCCCAGCUCAGUCAUCAAGAGUGAAGAUGAAACCUGCUGUAGUGUUACGCCGUUAUUCACGUUAACGAUCUAUGCAAACCCUCAACCCUGUGCAGCUGAUUAACAUCAAACUCUGUGUGCAGCCUUAUUUUAAGUUUUAUAUCAUCAUAUAUAUAUAGCUAUAUAUAAAUCUAAACAUAUUUCCAUGUGUAUUUUUUUUUUGUCUUGCUUUCAGACUUGACGAGGUUUCGCUCGGAGAUGCCUCGUGUGUUCGCAUGACUUUUUUCCCCUUUAAUUUUUUUGAAAAUAAAUAAAAGAGUUUUAAAAGUU